AUGCAGAAUACAAGGAUCUACCAACAGAGAGGGCCUGACUGUUCCAUACCCCCAACAGAUGCCCACACUGUGAUCUGGUACUGGGUAUACAGUUUUUUAAAUCAAACCAUCAUCACAGAAUUUAUCCUUCUUGGAUUUGGAGAGCACCCACAACUGCAGAUUCUUCUGUUCUUACUGUUCCUAGUAAUCUAUGUAGUAUCUAUAACUGGAAACCUUCUCAUUAUUAUGCUGGUUGUGACUGACAGGAACCUCCAUACACCCAUGUAUUUCUUCCUGGGAAACUUGGCUUGUUUGGAGAUUUGUUACACUUCAGUCUUCCUGCCCAGAAUGCUGGCCAGCUUUCUGACAGGGGAUAAAACUAUUUCUUUCUCUGGUUGUUUUGUACAAUUAUAUGUAUUUGGUUUACUUUCACCAGCAGAAAAUUGUAUUCUAUCCGCAAUGUCUUAUGAUAGGUAUUUAGCUAUUUGCAAGCCACUGCAGUAUCGAUUGCAAAUGAAUAAUAAGUUUUGUGUUUCUUUGGUAGUUGGAUCUUGGGUAAGUGGCUGGUUUUGUGCCUCUGUUGUGGCUGCCUGGAUGUCACAAUUAACUUAUUGUGGCUUCAAUGGAAUUGACCAUUUCUUCUGUGAUUUCAUACCAUUGAGCAAGUUGACCUGCAGUGACAUUUCUUUGCUGAUAGCAGUAGCCUUUAUGUUAUCUUUUGUUUUCACUUUUCCUCUAUUUCUGUUGACCAUAGCAUCAUACAUUUUCAUUAUAUUAGCUAUUCUGAGAAUACCCUCUGCCACUGGGAGGCAAAAGACAUUUUCCACCUGUUCAUCACACCUUAUUGUUGUCAUUAUCUUCUAUACCUCUAUAAUGAUUGUGUAUCUCCUUCCAGAAAGCCUCGUAAUGAAAAGUUCAUUAAAAGUGUUCUCUCUCGUUUAUACUGUCAUGACUCCGAUGGUUAAUCCCCUCAUAUAUAGUUUGAGAAACAAGGAGGUUAAGGAAGCCUUGAGAAAACUGGUUAAGAAAUUCAGGUCAUCCUCGAGCUUUUAG